GCGGCRGCGGCGGCGGGAUGCGGGAUCCGCGCUCCGGCCCUGCGCUCUCUCCGCUCUCGCCGCUUUCCGGCGGCCCCGCAAGAUGGCGGCGCGCGCCACGUCCGCACCCGGAAGCGCCGUCACGGCGGGCGGGGCGCAGCGCUGGCACCUCCCGGCCGCCAGGGGGCGCGCUCGGCCGGCGCGGCGGGCAGGGUCGCCAUGGCGACAGCGACGGUGACGGCGCGGCGGGACCCGGGGCGGGCUGAGCCGCGCCCCGUGCAGAACCAGCCGUACGACGAGAGCCUGGAGCUGCCCGAGGCCGAGCCCGGGGCCCGCUCGCCGCGGGCGGAGCGCCUGCGGGAGUCCCGGCGGCCCGGAGGCUCUGUGGSAGCGGCCGAGCUCGGGAGCGGCGGCAGGGAGCAGGAGGCAGCGGCACACCUCUCCGGCCCCGCCGCCCUCAGCGAGGAUGACGACGAGGACGAUGAGGACUCGGAGGAGGAUUCCUCGGAAAGCGACUCGGAGGACGACUCGGAGGAGCACGGGGCCGUGUUGGACGGUGACUUCAAUCCAGCAGAUUUUGACUACCUCCAAGUGUCUUCUGAAAUCAAAGAUCUCUUUGAAUACAUCAGGAGGUACACUCCCAAAACAAUAGAGAUUGAGCACAAGYUGCAGCCUUUUAUUCCAGACUUUAUUCCUGCUGUUGGAGACAUUGAUGCAUUCCUAAAGGUUCCUCGUCCUGAUGGCAAACCCGACAACCUUGGCCUGCUGGUCCUGGAUGAGCCCUCAACCAAGCAGUCGGAUCCCACUGUGCUCUCCCUUUGGCUGACAGAGAACUCCAAGCAGCACAACAUCACACAGCAGAUAAAAGUGAAGAGUUUGGAGAAUGCAGAAAAAAACCCCAAAGCCAUUGAGAGCUGGAUUGAAAGUAUUAGUGAACUACAUCGCUGCAAACCUCCUGCCACCGUCCAUUACUCCAGGCCAAUGCCUGACAUUGAGACYCUGAUGCAGGAAUGGUCACCGGAAUUUGAGGAGCUCCUGGGAAAGGUGGCUCUUCCGACGGCAGAGAUGAGCUGUGACCUCGCCGAAUACAUCGACAUGAUCUGUGCCAUUCUGGACAUCCCUAUAUACAAGAGCCGGAUCCAGCCUCUGCAUGUCCUCUUCUCCCUCUUCUUGGAGUUCAAGAACUCGCAGCACUUCAAGCCCCUGACUGAUGGGCAGACGGACAGGAGUCCACCAUCCAACCCACUGUCACAAGCAGCGGAGGCAGAGGUGUUGAGCUUUAAUUGAUGCUUGACAUUAAAGCCUUAUCUCCUGGAUCACUGUCUGCCACUGGACACCGAGCAUGCCCAGAACAGGUUGGGAGAUGUCACACAGAAAAUCCGAAGUCCCUCUGGUCUUAGAGACAUUGCUGGGCUGUUCUGUGUUAGGGAGUAGGGCCUGACUCACCAUAUUUGUUUCAAAAGCUACCUAAUGGCUCAAUUUUUGACUUGUUCUCAAGGAGUUCACCAUUAAACCAGCCUUUGCCAGUG